AGCAGCGCAUUCAAGCUCUUUCAAGUUGGUUGGGAAGGAAGGUAGGGAGGGCUUUGCAUUCACUGUCCUCUCCUGGAGAAGCGAGCGAAGAGCAGCGAUCCUCGAGAGCGCGAGAGCGAGCGAUCGAUUGACUAGGAAGAGUCUUGGUUUUCUUUUUAAGCGCGACUAUUUGCAAUCACUGAUCCCUGAUAGCGAUGGAGGAGCUGCGAGGUUGAAGAGCGAGCGAGCAGCGCGGGCCGGGGUGUCAAUUUCGUGGUUGGCUCGCCAAAUUUCUUCCCACAUAAAUCCGCGGGUCGGUUUCGUCGAUUCGGGUGGAUCGUGUGGCAACAUCAGGGGGAGUGCGCGGUUUGUCUGGAAUUGGGGUAGAUUUUGGAAAGGAUUGAUCACCAAGAACGAGGGAAAGAACUCGAUGAGGGCAAAGAGGGCGUUAAGAGUAAGAGACACACCGAGGCUGUAGCGAUCAUGAGCGUUUUGGCGAGCAAGAAAGCGUUUUGGCGUGGGGAAUUCGCGAAAUUGGGCAUGGUGGUCGUGUGAUAUGAUCGAGGAGCAGCUGCCCAAGAAGAGAUCUGAGCUUCUUUGCAUGUGAUUCCAAGCAGGAAAACGCAAAGAAGAGGGGUGAAUCCUUUUCUUUCUCUUCCUUCUUCCCGAUGGUGGGAAGAAGGCGAAUGCAGCUCAAGCCAAGCUCCGCAGCGAUGGAGGCGAGCGAGAGGCGUGUGGAAAACUCCCUGCCAUCGCCGAGGUCUCCCUCUUCCCGUCCCUCGCGAAUUGUCGUCGGCGUCAAGCUACGCUCCGAGUGCCGUGAGAUGCUCACGUGGAUCGUUGCGAAGCUCGCUCAACCCGGGGACCAGAUCGUUGCUGUUCACGUCGUUCGAGCCUUCCCCGACACAGAUGAUAUCCUGGAUUCAUCGAUCAAGCAGCGACUCGACAGCACAUUCGAGUCCGUGCUGGGAGUUUAUCAAAGCAUUUGUAACCUCAAACAGGUCCGCUUGGAUAUCAAAGUGGUGUCUGGAGCUUCGCUGCAAAAGGCUUUGGUCGAGUCUGCCAAGCUUGAGAAAGCAUCCGUUUUGAUCCUCGGGAAGUCCAGCAAAGGAUGCUCCGAGUCGCUAGUGAAGUACUGCACCAAGAGGCUGCCUUCCAGCUGCUUGAUGAUCAUUGUGGAUCAUGGCCAAGUGUUGCUUGGAAAGGAAGGCUUGCUAAGUGCUCCAGCGAAGAAAGAGGGGCCGGCUACUGUGCACACCAUCAAACCCUAUGGACAAUCCAAGAGUGACAUAUCUCUUCAUUGCCAAGAACACCAACACGCAGGUUGGCCUCUCAUGAACCGUAGUCUCUCUUUGGAAAAAUCUCUGGAAAAAGUCACACCUUCACGAAGUAUUUCUGUAGUAAAAUGGGCUCUCCAGCUGCCGGACAGGCUCAAGGAGGCCUUCGACAAGCAGGGUGGAAACAUGGUUCGAAUGCUCGCGUCCUCAGCAAUGCCCGACCAGCUUCGACACGAGAGCUCUCUCCCUCGCUUGAAAGGCUCGCCACACGCAAAGCAUCGCGGCAGCCCUGUGAAGGAAGUAAACACAUUGAGCAGCAGCGAGGAUAAUAAUCCCCGGAGCCUGGCCGCAUCAAUCCAACCUUCCGGCCAAGUCUCGUUUUCACAAAAGAUCAGUCGCGUCUGCAAGGACAAAGCUUGCGCUUGCUUCACGUUUGAGGAGCUCCAAGAGGCUACGUCAAGCUUUUCUCCGAAUAACUUGGUCGGGAAAGGAGGCUGCAGCAAAGUUUACCGAGGAACUCUUUCUGGUGGCCAUGUCGUGGCUGUGAAGUGCUUGAAUCAGGGAGCAACCGAGGCGGACGAGGAGCUUCUCACCGAAGUGGAAAUCCUCAGCACGCUCAAUCAUCCCAAUAUUGUGGGAUUGAUCGGCUACUGCGUCGAGGGAGACACCCACAUUCUCGUCUACGACUUUGCCGCGGAAGGAAACCUGGAAGAAAAUCUCCAUGUUGGCAAAGACAAACCAUCGCUAAGCUGGUCACAGAGACAUAAGAUUGCUGUUGGUGCGGCGGAAGCGUUUGUUUACCUCCACGACACUUGUGCCAGGCCCGUUGUCCACAGGGAUGUGAAGUCUUCAAACAUCCUCCUCAGGAAAAACUGCAAGCCACAGAUUUCGGACUUUGGACUGGCUAAAUGGGCUCCGACCUCGACGACGCACAUAACUUGUAGCGAUGUUGUUGGAACUCUCGGCUAUCUUGCUCCCGAGUACUUCAUGUUUGGGAGAGUGAGCGACAAGACGGACGUUUACUCGUUUGGCGUGGUUUUGCUCGAGCUCGUCACGGGACGGCCACCGAUCGAUAUGUCCAAGCCCAAAGGCGACGAAAACUUGGUCGCUUGGGCAAGACCACAUCUCGAUUGUGGAGGCAUCGAGAAACUGGUUGAUCCGCGACUGGAAGGAAACUUUGACGAGAACCAGCUGAGGAACAUGGUUGUGGCGGCAACGUUUUGCUUGAGACAGUCACCACAGUACAGGCCUCGGAUGGCGCGGGUGCUGAGAUUGCUGUGUGGAGAAGAUAGCAGCAUUCCUUCGGGGCGAUACGACUUCACGGACGAGUACCUGGGCGAAUUCAAGGACCAGAGCAACGAGGUGAGGAAGCAUCUGGCGCUGGCGAUGAUGGGCGUGGACGACGACGUCGCGUCGCAAUCGAGUGCGGAGCAAAACAGCAUCGAUUUGAUCCACAGCGAGGACCCCAAUGAGUACCUGGGCGGCCGCUCCAGCAGCUUCGACAAACCCGCGAAAGAUCAAUAAGAUCUCGAGCAAAAUGAUAGAUGCAUAUACGGGGGAUACAAGUUUUGUAAAAGAAUGCCAGCCCCUACAAAAGAUAGCGUGGAUUCUUCAUUUCAUACUUUUCUUCUUGGAAAUAUUCAUCAAUAUUCAAAAUGACCAGAUUGAGGCUUUUGAAAA